CAGUACCAGUUUGUUCAUUAUUGACCAGUUUAUAAAGCAAGAAGGCCACAGACAGACGGACCAACAGUGGGACAGAGGCAGAUAGAAAUGAGCUCAACUCUGCCGAGUUUAUGCCACUCAAUAGUUCGCUGGAGCUCCACUGGCAUGUUUUCACUGAUGCAACUGGAUGAGCAGCUAAAGUCUUUCCUCCAUCCUCUCAUCCAAGCACACGUAUAAUUCAGGAUGGAGCAUGGCGACAGGAGCACGGGUGUCUCCCACCUUCGCUAUGAAGAUGAGGAGGACCAUCAGUCCAUCUAUAUUGGCCUCCCUGUAUCCCGAGGAUACCGACGCAAACGAAGGAGAAGGCGCUCCAGUCGAGACGUUUCCGGCUCCGACAGGGAGAGGCACCGCGCCCACCAUGGACACCACAACCAAGAGCGCUAUCGAGAAGUAGACAUGGAGGAAGGACUCAUGGAUUCAAAUGAACCGAGCCUUCAUGACAUCAGCCACACAAUGUCACCAGCGGCAGAGCGGCUGCGCUACAUCCUGAGUGAAGAAGAUGACAUGCCCACACCAACGCUCUUCACUGAGAUGGACACUCUACAGCGAGAAGGAGAUGAGCUGGAAUGGAAGGAGUCUGCCAGGUGGGUGAAGUUUGAGGAGAAGGUUGAGGAGGGAGGAGAGAGAUGGAGCAAGCCCCAUGUGUCCACGCUGUCCUUGCACAGUCUCUUUGAGCUCAGGACAUGUCUUCAAACAGGAAUUGUGCUUCUGGAUCUGGAGGGUUACUCACUGCCUCAAAUAGUCGAUGACAUAAUUGAAAGACAGAUAGAGGAAGGCAUGAUAUCUCCUGACCUCAGAGACAAGAUCAAUUUUGUACUGCUGAGAAAGCAUCGACAUCAGACCAAGAAACCAAUUCACCGCUCACUGGCAGACAUGGGCAAGUCUGGUUCUUCUGGCAAUCGAAACGUACCGUCUCGAGGCCCGGGGCCAGGUCAGGGGCAAGCUGCCAACUUCAACCGAUCCACAGAAGACCUUCAAAUGAAAAAUCAGUCUGCUAACUACGGCCGUCUGCGUCACGCUCAGAGUCGCAGCAUGAACGACAUAGCAGAUGCUCCAAGCCCAGACCAAUUGAGAAAUAAAUUCAUGAAGAAAAUCCCCAGAGAUGCGGAAGCCUCUAAUGUUUUAGUGGGAGAAGUGGAUUUCCUCAACAAACCCUUCGUGGCCUUCGUCCGGCUGGCCCAAGCUACAACGCUGGGAGGUCUGACAGAGGUUCCUGUUCCCACCAGAUUCCUGUUUGUUCUCCUGGGACCCCAAGGAAAGGCCAAGUCAUAUAAUGAGAUCGGACGGGCUAUAGCAACACUGAUGGUAGAUGAUCUCUUCAGUGAUGUAGCCUACAAAGCCAGGGACCGGGAGGACCUCAUUGCCGGGAUAGACGAGUUUCUAGAUGAAGUGAUUGUGCUUCCACCUGGAGAAUGGGAUCCCAAAAUCCGCAUCGAACCGCCAAAGAAAGUCCCCUCUGCCGAAAAAAGGAAAUCUGUGUUUUCCCUAAAUGAAGUGGGACUAAUGAACGGGACAGCUGGAGGAGGCGGAGGUCUCUCUGAGGAUGAAGAAAUGCCAGCUCAGCAUGAGCUUGGAGAGGAACUGGCCUUCACUGGACGUUUCUGUGGAGGUCUGUACCUGGACAUAAAGAGAAAAUUGCCGUGGCUGCUAAGUGAUUUCUACGAAGGCUUCCACAUUCAGUCCAUCUCCGCUGUGCUCUUCAUCUACUUGGGUUGCAUCACCAAUGCCAUCACCUUCGGAGGCCUCCUCGGUGAUGCUACUGACAACUACCAGGGUGUGAUGGAGAGCUUCCUUGGAACAGCCUUGGCUGGUUCUGUCUUCUGCUUCUUCGGCGGUCAGCCCCUCAUCAUCCUCAGCUCCACUGGACCCAUCCUCAUCUUUGAAAAGCUCCUGUUUGAAUUCAGCAAAAACAAUGGCAUAGAUUACAUGGAGCUUCGCCUGUGGAUCGGCAUCCACUCCUGCCUGCAGUGUUUCAUCCUCGUGGCUUCAGACGCCAGCUACAUCAUCAAAUACAUGACCCGCUUCACAGAGGAGGGCUUCUCCAGCCUCAUUUCCUUCAUCUUCAUUUCUGACGCCAUAAAGAAGAUGGUGGGAUCGUUCAAAUAUUACCCCAUCAACACUGACUUCAAGCCCGACUAUGUCACCACCUUUAAGUGCGAGUGCCUGGCCCCAGACCCGAUGACUGCAAUGAUCUUCAAUGGUUUAAUUCCAAUGCCAGAUAACAGCUCUAGUGUCUCUGGGUUGAAUGUGACAGCUCUGGACUGGAGCCAGCUGAGCAAAAAGGAGUGCUUGAAGUACGGAGGCUCUCUGGUUGGAAACUCCUGCAAGUAUGUCCCCGACCUGGCCCUCAUGUCCUUCAUCCUUUUCUUUGGGACAUACUCCAUGACGGUCUCCUUAAAGAAGUUCAAGUUCAGCCGUUAUUUUCCCACCAAGCUGAGGAAGCUCAUCAGUGACUUCUCAAUCUUCAUGUCCAUCAUGACAUUUGUUGGACUGGAUAUGCUUUUGGGGCUUAAAACUCCCAAGCUAAUUGUUCCAACAGAAUUUAAGCCCACACGCCCAGAUCGAGGCUGGCUGGUGAUGCCGUUUGGGAAGAAUCCGUGGUGGGUGUACGUGGCCAGCUUUGUCCCCGCUCUCCUCGUGACUAUUCUCAUCUUCAUGGACCAGCAGAUCAGUGCUGUCAUUGUUAACCGCAAAGAGAACAAACUUAAGAAAGGCUGUGGCUACCACCUGGACUUGUUCUGGGUGGGCGUCCUCAUGGCUGCAUGUUCUUUCUUGGGCCUUCCCUGGUAUGUCGCUGCAACUGUCAUCUCUAUUGCGCACAUCGACUCCCUGAAAAUGGAAAGUGAAUCCAGCGCUCCAGGAGAACAGCCACAGUUUCUCGGGGUCAGGGAGCAGAGAGUGACAGGGAUACUGGUGUUUGUUCUCACUGGAGUUUCCAUUUUCCUGGCUCCAGUUUUAAAGUUCAUCCCCAUGCCUGUGCUGUACGGAGUCUUCCUCUACAUGGGUGUGGCCUCGCUCAGUGGAAUCCAGUUUUGGGACAGGAUUAAGCUGUUCAUGAUGCCAUCCAAGCACCAGCCAGACUAUUCGUUUCUCCGACACGUUCCUCUGAGGAGGGUACACCUGUUCACCCUGAUUCAGAUUAUGUGUCUUGCUGUGCUCUGGGUCCUCAAAUCCACCUUCUUAGCCAUCAUUUUUCCUGUUAUGAUCUUGGGUCUGAUGGUGGUCCGAAAGAUGAUGGAUUGGGUUUUCUCCCAGCAUGACUUAGCCUGGCUGGACGACCUCCUCCCAGAGAAAGAAAAGAAGAAGAAGGAUGACGACAAGAAGAAGGGUAAAGAGAAGGACAAGGAUAAAGAUAAGGAGAAGAAAAAGCCCAAAGCAGAAUACAGUGAUGAAGAGGAGAAGUACCACUCGUACCCCAACCACUCCCCCAGCUCAGACUCUGACAUGGAUCGCAGCAUCACCCUCCACUUGAAGAUCUCCUGCCCGUCAUCUCCAGCCAUGCCUAUGAGCCGAGGGAUGGCCUGCCCUGUGCCGCAGGUCAAGAUCGAGAUGGAGUCGGACUACGACUCGGACAUGGACCACCGCCGACACCGAGACUUGAGCAGUGAGACCACGUUAUAAGCCCAAAACAUCCGUUUAUGGGAAACCACACUACUGAACAGUGAGAGCAGCGAGUGCUGACCCACAGGCAGGAUAGUGACUCAAACAUGUCCAAACUGAUGUGGGACUAUAGCUGCCAUGAAUCCUGGAGAACCUUUAAAUCAAUGAUUCAUAAAGAAUGUUCAGCUGUGUAUAGUAUUUAUUAUUUACCCUAAAAAGAGAAAGCAUUUAUUUCAUAGAAAAUUUAAUGUGGAAACUAUAACUUUAGUACUGACACUUAAAGUGAUAACUUGAUGUUGGAAUUGCUCCUCAAUUAAAAGUGAAGCCCAUUGGAGUUAUUCUUCAGAGCCUGUACAGUGUCUGUUGUUGUUCUUGAGUUGCUGUGCUUCUGAACCCAACGAGCCAGCUCUCCUUUCUCUGUCCUUCUUCUGUUUAGUUCAAAUCUCCACUCCAAUACAUUUCACAGGAACAAAAAGAAACAACCAAAAGCUCUGACUGUAUUCAUGUCUCUGUACAGAUGAAGUUCAUAUGGUUUUCACACUUGAGUGUUUUAUUUUUGCACGAGCGAGCGGCUCAUGUGAACCCGUACACAGAUGCUCAGUGUACUGUAAGAAACACAAUAAAAGAUAUUUACGAAAAAAAGUCUAGUCAGAGCUUCUUUUUUUAUUCUUCAGGGUAAAAUGUUUUCAUAGUUUGGUGGGGGGGUGUGACCAUCAACUGUACAUGAGAACUGGACUGGAUGACCCCUCCCCCACUAGUUCUGUGGAGAAAUUGAGUGUUGUUGCUAGUCUGGGGGCGGUGCUGUCAGAGCAGACUCUUCCUGGAGGGACCUGUUGGGAUCA